AUGGCUCUGGAGGCUGUCACCCCGCGGCAACGUGAACAGCGAACGCUCCCCGACCGCACCGGGCAGCGGGGACAGAGGACAGCGGCAGCCUCGAGCUCCCGCGUAGGGUACACCCAGGACCCCAGACCUCGACUUCGGGGCCCCUGGGCUCUCAGCUUCGCCGUCUUGGGUGUCUUGCUGUUGGUCAAACCUGCUUCAGCCAUGUCUGUAAGGAAGGAUGAAAUUCCCCAGCAGUCAUCAGCCCCACUGGAAGGGAGCCUCCAACAGAAGUUAUGUCUACCAGGAUUCUAUAUGGAAGAAGCCAGUGGAGGUUGUGCCCCGUGCACCGAUGGGACAGACUACACCAAUCAUUCAAACACCCUCCCUUCUUGCCUACCUUGCAUGACUUGCAAAUCAGGCGGAUUCUUAACCACUGGACCAGCCAGGAAGCCCUCCGAAUUACUUCUUGAAGAGAAGCAGAAAAAAAUCACUGUACCCCCACCAAGGACACUGAGUGUCAGUGCAAACCUGGCACUUUCCGUGGAGAAGAUGCACCUGAAUUCUGUCAAAAAUGCAGCACCAGGCACUUCAAGGCUGGUGAUUAGAAUUGUAUCUGGAAUCACCAUUGUCCUAGUCGGAUGUGUGGUAUGGUACUUCUUUAACGGAAGAGAAGCUGACAGGAUAACGCCCAGUCCCGAGAUGCAGCAGGCAGGCUGUCUGUUGGAACCAGCAGCACCUGAAGGAUCUCAGCGGAGAAGAUGGCUGCUGGUUCCAACAGAUGGCACUCAAAGCCUGAAGCUGUUCUUCAGUGACUUUGCAGCUAUCUUUUCCUUGUGACUUCUGUGAUUCGCUCCUGAGGCAGUUGGGCCUCACAUGAAAUGAGAUCCUUGUGGGCAGAGAAUAGGCCUGGGUCUCUCCGGAUGCCUUGUGUGAAAUACUGCCAGUCACCAAGAAGGGACAGAGGACCUCAGUCAACACCCUGAUGGAUGCCUUGGAAAUGCUGGGGCAAAGAGUGACAAAAGAGACCAUUCAAGAGGGCCUGCUGAACUCAGGAAAGUAUUAACAUGUUUAUGAAGAAAGUGAGACAGGCUCUGCUGUGCCCUGAGUGUUUGAGGACCUCAGUCUUUCAGCUCAGGACACACUCCUAAUAGGCUUCUAGUUUUUAUUUGUAUUGGUUUGAAAUUUGUCAUUCAUGGUAAUAUGUAUGCAUUUAAUGAUGUAACUUAUAAUGAAAGUGUUAGUCACUGAGUCAUGUCCAACUCUUUGCGACCCUAUGGACUGUAGCUCACCAGGCUCUUCUGUCCAUGGGGUUUCUCCAGGCAAG